AUGUCGAAGAGUGAGAGCACAGCCCAGCAGAAGUCGGCUGCGACGCUGGACGACGAUGAACCGGAUGACUGGGACAAGCGAAUCUUCAGUACCGGAUGCGCAGAUGAGAAUAUGAAGCUGACCGACUGCCACUUCGAGAAAAAAGACUGGCGGGCCUGCACAAAGGAGAUGGAGGUCUUCAGAGCAUGCUGGAAGAAACACAACAACGACGAGAGAACGUCGAGCAAGGACGCAUGA